AAAAACAUGACGAUUACGCGGUAAUACAGGAUUGUUGCUCCACCAGAAAUUCUUGCGCUUCAACUGGUUUUGGAAGACUUCUUGCCCCAGCUCAAGAGAGCGUGCUUGGUUGGAUUUAGAAUACAUUUAGCCUAAGUGUUUUUUAUCAUUAUUCUUUUCAUUACACAUCUGGACAAUUUUGAGGAAAUAAUUAUAAAGGCUGCCUGCAUAACAUUUAAUUGAGAGCCGUGAUUGUAUGGUCAUAUUCAUCUCUUCAACGGGAUUACUGUCACAUUGGAAGUCCUCGGGUGUGGGAGGCACUUUCUUGUGCUGGUGGGGGGCAGAAGGGCCCUGAAGUCUGGAGCAUGUUUGUGGGGGAUGUGUGAGUUGGGGUUGGGCAGCAGUGGUCCGCAUCUCUCUCUGCCCUUCAGAGGAAUGAUGGAACUGUGGUACACCCUCUUCUUCCUCUCUGCCUUCCUCCAACCAAUCACUGCUGCCUGGCUGCCCACAGCUCAGCCUGCAGACUCUGCAUCAAGUGAGUCGGCCUUCCUGGAGGAUUUUGUCCUGGGGAUUGGAGACACUCUUGACCUUACUUGCAGCUCUCAGGCGGUGUCCCAGCCUGUCAGUUGGUUCAAGGAUGGCAUGGGUCUGUUGCCCAGCAACCACACAAGGAUUGGCCAGAGAGUGUUGCGCAUCAUCAAUGUGUCAUACGAGGACUCGGGGGUGUACUCCUGCAGGCUGGCAUUCGGCAAAAUGCUGCUUAGCAACUUCUCCGUCAGAGUGACAGACUCCUUGUCUUCUGGUGAUGAUGAAGACUACGACGAAGAGUCAGACGAUGCAGGUAAUGGAAACGAAGCUCCGUACUGGACUCGACCAGACCGCAUGGAGAAGAAACUGUUGGCUGUGCCUGCAGCCAACACGGUCAAGUUCCGCUGUGCGGCGGCUGGCAAUCCCACCCCAACGAUCCACUGGCUGAAGAAUGGGAAGGAGUUUAAGGGUGAGCAGAGAAUGGGCGGCAUCAAGCUGAGGCACCAGCAGUGGAGUCUGGUAAUGGAGAGUGCUGUUCCAUCUGACAGAGGGAACUAUACCUGUGUGGUGCAGAACAAGUUUGGUACAAUCACACACACCUACCAACUAGAUGUCCUGGAGCGUUCACCUCACAGGCCCAUACUGCAAGCAGGACUCCCAGCCAAUAAGACGGUGCUGGUGGGCAGUGAUGUAGAGUUCCACUGCAAAGUUUACAGUGAUGCUCAGCCCCACAUUCAGUGGCUGAAGCACAUAGAGGUGAAUGGCAGCCGCUAUGGACCCGAUGGCGUGCCCUACGUCAACAUCCUCAAGUCUCUGGUCAGUAAAAGCUCUGAGGCCCAUGUAAAAUUCACUCUGUUCAAUGUAACAGAGAAAGACGAGGGGAAAUAUUGGUGUCGAGCCUCUAAUUUCGUAGGCAAGUCCGAAAACCCCUUCUGGCUUUUUAUUCAUAAACCAGCCAUAGAUGACAGUGGGAAGGAGGAUGACUAUGCUGACAUUCUGAUUUACGUGACGGGCUGCGUGCUCUUCAUCCUCACCAUUGUCAUAGUAAUCCUCUGUCGUAUGAGGAUGUCCACCCAGAAGACACUGCCUACUCCUCCUGUGCAGAAACUGUCCAAGUUCCCCCUCAAGAGACAGCAGGUGUCUUUGGAGUCCAACUCAUCCAUGAAUUCCAAUACGCCAUUGGUUAGGAUAGCCCGACUAUCAUCAAGUGAUGGACCAAUGCUGGCCAAUGUAUCAGAGCUUGAGCUUCCUGCUGACCCACAGUGGGAAUUCCCUCGCAGCAGGUUGACACUGGGAAAGCCACUGGGAGAGGGCUGCUUUGGUCAGGUGGUAAUGGCAGAGGCUAUUGGGAUAGACAAGGACAAGCUAAACAAGCCCCUCACGGUUGCAGUUAAAAUGUUAAAAGAUGAUGCCACAGAUAAAGACCUGUCAGAUCUGGUGUCGGAGAUGGAGAUGAUGAAGAUGAUCGGCAAGCACAAGAACAUCAUUAACCUGCUGGGAGCGUGCACACAGGAAGGCCCCCUGUACGUGCUAGUGGAGUAUGCUUCCAAGGGGAACUUACGGGAGUACCUGAGGGCACGCCGGCCCCCCGGCAUGGACUACUCCUUUGACGCCUGCAAGAUCCCAGACGAACAGCUCACUUUCAAGGACCUUGUCUCCUGUGCCUACCAGGUGGCACGAGGGAUGGAAUACCUGGCCUCACAGAAGUGCAUCCACAGAGACCUGGCUGCCAGGAAUGUCCUGGUCACAGAAGAUAAUGUUAUGAAGAUUGCUGAUUUUGGCCUGGCCAGGGAUGUCCAUAAUAUCGACUACUACAAAAAGACAACAAAUGGUCGGCUGCCUGUGAAAUGGAUGGCUCCAGAGGCUCUGUUUGACCGGGUCUACACACACCAGAGCGAUGUCUGGUCCUAUGGUGUUCUUCUGUGGGAGAUCUUCACCCUGGGAGGGUCGCCCUACCCUGGUAUCCCAGUGGAAGAGCUUUUCAAACUGCUGAAGGAGGGACACCGGAUGGACAAGCCCGCCAACUGCACCCAUGAGCUAUAUAUGAUCAUGCGUGAGUGCUGGCAUGCUGUGCCCUCCCAGAGACCCACCUUCAGGCAGCUUGUGGAGGACCAUGACAGAGUGCUGUCCAUGACCUCCACUGAUGAAUACCUGGACCUGUCAGUACCCUUUGAGCAGUACUCUCCUACCUGCCAAGACUCCAACAGCACCUGCUCCUCAGGGGAUGACUCAGUCUUCUCCCAUGAUCCUCUGCCAGAUGAGCCUUGUCUUCCUAAACCACACCUGAGCAAUGGGGUUCUCAGGACAUAAACCCAGCACCAGUGUCCCCC